AUGGAUGAGGAAAGGAGUGCUCCAACCAUCUCCCCAGAGCCACCAGAUGAUGGGGACCCCUUCCCCGCUUUACAUGUAACGGCUACCGUACAGAUUGAAAAUACCAACUUCAAGCCAACUUCAAGUAGAGAUGUGGCCAACACCUACACUGAGCCUCUGAUAAUUAGGUCAGACGUCAUCCCGGAGAGGACGCGAGGUGACGACGGAGAGAAAUGCAAAAACGGCCUUUCGCACACGGCGCCCGGCGACGCUAUCACCUGUCAACCAGCAGCCAGAUCCACACCCAUCCACCCCACCCAGCCGUGUCGGACGCAGCCUAGCAGCCAAGCACGCAACGGAACCAAACAUCACACGCACACAAACUCCCCUCACUGUUCACAUCCCACGCCUCACACGCACUCGCUCCAGUCUGGCGGGGACAGAAAUGGGGGUCCUCAUCCAAAACUGGGCUCCCUCCCAAGAGGAGGCUCAUCCAGCUCCUCCUCCUCCUCGGCAGGGACCAGGAACAGCAAGAAAUUGCAGUCUAACCCCUCCAUCACCUCCCAGGGAAGCAAGAGGAGCAAAGGCAGCUCCAAGAGUAGCUCCAAGAGCAACAGUUCCAAGAGCAACAGCUCCCAGAUUCCCACAGAGGCACAGGAUGACUGCUGCGUUCACUGCAUCCUGGCCUGCCUCUUUUGUGAAUUCCUGACGCUGUGCAACAUCGUGCUGGACUGCGCCACCUGCGGCUCCUGCGCCGGCGACGACUCGUGUUUCUGCUGUUGCUGCGCGUCGGAGGAGUGCGGCGACUGCGAUCUGCCGUGCGACAUGGACUGCGGCAUCAUCGACGCCUGUUGCGAGUCCGCCGACUGUCUGGAGAUCUGCAUGGAGUGCUGCAGCCUUUGCUUCUCUUCGUGA